AUGCGUGCUUUCGACGAACAGAACAUCAACCCAAAUGUCUUAGCAACUCAAUAUGCUGUCCGAGGCCGUUUAGUUCUCGAAGCCAAUGAGAUCGACAAACAAAUCCAAGAAGCUUUAAAAGCCGGUAAGCCAAAUCCGUAUCCUUUCGACAAGGUCGUCUACUGUAAUAUCGGCAAUCCACAAUUUUGUAAUCAACCUCCUUUGACUUAUGUCAGACAAAUCAUUUCAAUGGUCGAAUUCCCACCGUUACUGGAUCACCCGGAGAUCUUCCCAAAAGACUUAAUCGACCACGCAAAAACACUAGUCAAAGCAACUGGAUGUGACGGAACAACGGGAGCUUAUUCUCAUUCAAUGGGCGUCAUGGGAUUUAGAAAGAGUGUGUGUGAAUUCAUUGGUGAUAGAGAUGGCGACAAACCAAGUCCAGAAGACAUCUUCAUUACUGAUGGGGCAAGCACGGGUAUCAAAUUGAUUAUGAACGUUCUUCUUUCACAUCAGAGACAUGGCAUCAUGAUUCCAAUUCCUCAGUACCCGCUCUAUUCAGCAACUAUCGCUACACUCGGUGGUACACUUGUCCCAUAUUACUUGGAUGAAAGUAAAAUGUGGGCGACUGAUAUGGAAUCUGUCAGAGAGAUGUACGACAAAUACACAAAACAAGGCACAAUCGUGAAAGGAUUUGUUGUGAUCAAUCCCGGCAAUCCAACAGGCCAAGUCCUCACCGUCGACAACAUGAAAGAGAUCAUCGAGUUCUGUUAUGAGAGAAAACUGUGUUUAAUGGCUGACGAGGUGUAUCAAGAGAACAUCUGGAGUGACGUUCCAUUCACUUCGUUCAGAAAGGUGUUACACACUAUGAGAGAUGAAGUUAGACAUGGUCUUGAGUUAAUUUCGUUCUUCAGUGUUUCGAAGGGGUAUUACGGAGAAUGUGGCAAGAGAGGGGGAUACUUCCAACUUGAGAACAUCAAUCAAUUUGCUCGUUCUCAGUUGUAUAAAAUGGUUUCCGUCAACUUGUGCUCCAAUGUUGUUGGACAGGAAGUUGUUGAAUUGAUUUGUAACCCACCUAAAGAAGGAGAUGAGUCAUUUCCACUCUACAAAAAAGAAAAGGAAGAGAUCCUUGGCUCUUUAAUGAGAAAGGCAAAGCUUCUUGCAAAUGCUUUGAAUGAAUGUGAAGGGAUUAGCUGCAACCCGGCUUGUGGCGCUCUUUAUCUCUUCCCAAAAAUCGAUUUACCUCAGAAAUUUGUCGACGAGUGUCUUGCUCAGAAGGAAAAACCAGACGAAAUCUAUUGCCUUAAUAUGCUCAAAAAGAUCGGUGUUUGCGUAGUACCAGGUUCCGGGUUCGAACAAAAAGAAGGAACGUAUCAUUACAGAAUGGCAUUUUUACCACCAGAGGACCAAGUACAAAAAGUUGCUGAUAGUAUGAAGAAGUUCCAUAAUGAGUUCAUGGAACAAUAUGAAUAA